AUGGAACUCUCUGGGGUAAUUCCUCCUGAUGGACUCGCCUCUCCCAGGGUGGCGGGGCAGCUUCCCCAGAGCCGCAAACGUGGCAUCGGGCGGACAGCGUGCUCGCGAUGCAAGACACGAAAGCAGAAGUGCGAUGGUCAGCUGCCUGUUUGUUCCAACUGUACCAAAUCAAGGGCCACUUGCGACUUACAAAAUGUCCGCGGCGAGGAUUUGGUCGUCGCGAAAUACAUUCAUGCCCUUGAAAGCAAAGUCGCCGAACUCGAAAUUCAACUCCUGCAGCACCAAACUUCGCAGGGGGAAGGCGCCCCGCCAGGGAAGAUGAGCAUUGCGGAUGUAGCAAAUUCGCUCUGUCUCUCUCUUCCCGACACGUCUUCAGGAAUGGAAUUCUCUCAAUUUGCACUCCACCUUGCCCUCAAUAUCGGCGAUGUAUCCCAAGGCUCGGCGACCACUGGUCGUAAUCCAACCGGUGACUCUGGCGUGUCCGAGGAGCAUCGGGAAAGCUCUGCGGCCGCAGGAAGCUACCCAUUCACAAAUGUUAUGACCCAUGGCGUGGAUGGCACUGGGCCACCAUCAGAUGAGCUGGGUGCAAGACUGAUCGAGACAUAUUUAGAGAGAGUUGACUCGAGGUAUCCGUUCCUGGAUCUAGACGAGAUCCUGCAAUGGCAUCGAGAUAGGGAACGUCUCUCCCAUAUUGGCCUGCAGUCCCUGACUGCCAGCCAGCAUUUUGGAUUAUUUAAACUGUACCUCGUGUAUGCUGUUGGGUCGGGUCUACUUUCCUUGACGGAAAAACACGCAUCUUUACCUACACCAGAGGCUUUCUAUGCGACGGCAAUACGGCAUAUCUCCGCGGCACGAGAACCCCGAUCUCUAGAGAACAUCGAGGCUAUGGUUCUUCUAGUCAUCUUUCACCUUCGUUCCUCCAUCAGCCAAGAGCUAUGGUAUCUCAUCGGAUUUGCCAUGCGUACCUGCAUUCAUUUGGGUAUGUAUCUUUCCCGGCGCGAAGCCGACCUGUCCCCCGCUGUUAUUCAAAAGCGUCGGAAAUUGUUCUGGACAGUGUAUUCCCUUGAGCGCAACAUUUCUAUCGCACUUGGCUAUCCUGUUAGUCUGCCUGACCGAUUGAUUGAUGUUGAGAUGCCCACUGUGAUGCAAGAGGAUGAUCACAAAUUACGGCAAGCAAUUCAUCUGUUCCGACUUAGGAGAAUCGAGUCUCGCAUUCAUCAUUCUCUAUAUCGCAUUGACCGGACCCUGCAAGAGCUCCUGCCAAAGGUUAGAGGGUACUAUCAAGAGUUACAGGAGUGGAAGGAGAGUUUACUGGCGUCUGUGUCUCUGGACAACGGCAACCGCCCGGACUAUUUACUUCUCCACUACCACCGAGCUAUUCGCCUCCUUAUGCAGCCUUUCCUCUCUAUCCUACCAAGCUCUGAUCCAUAUUUCAAGGCUUGUUUAGAGUCGGCAGGUCAGAUCUGUCAACUACACAAGAAACUGCAUCAGAACGCGGCGUACGGGCAUAGCUUUAUCGCCGUCCAAACCGUCUUUGUCUCCGGUAUCAUGAUGCUAUAUUGCCUAUGGACGCAUAAGAAUGUCUGGAGUGUACGACUGAGCAACAAUAUUCGAGCGUGUUCAAGCGUACUGUUUGUUAUGGGCGAAAGAACUCCAUGGGUUCGGCGAUACCGCGACGCAUUUGAGGCGCUGGUGAGCAUGACCAUGGAGCGACUAGAAACCCAACAGGAAACCGAUGCCAGAGAGAUCGCAAACAUUAUGGAUGACGUUCCCAUGCAGAAUAUGGGAGUUGCGCCGCUUCAAGAAACCCAAAGUCAUGGCAGUGUAGUUGCCGAGUUUCCAGGAAUGGAAGGGUCUGUACCAGCACAAGGAGAGUCUAUGCCACCAGCCCUGCAAGUGCUACAAGACAGAUGGAUGGAGUUCGAUACAAUGGCGGUGGUUAAUGAGCUCGUCGCAUGGGUAGAUCCCGACACUCCCCUAGCGGAAACAUCUUACGGGAGUUUGGCAGACACUAGUUGGGAGGCAUGGCAGCUACCCUAA